AUGCUCACCCUACUCUCCAUCCUCCUCGCCCUCGCUCCCACCCUACCACUCGCAACACCAGCCCAUGCAGCAGACAUCAACUUUGGGGGAGUGCAAAGACCCGCAACGGCGAUCUCGACGGUGACAGUGAACCCGGUGGUGACAGUGACACAAACCACCUUUGCCACGGCGACGACGCCUGCACCAACGAGCACGAUUUCCUACUCGUCUCACACAGGCAAAUGCGACUACAGCUUCUGCAGCAAUGGCAAUGAGUGGUGUUUCUGGUAUGCUGGCGUGACGGGUUGGAAUCCGUCUCAGGGGGCGGUGCCGGGGGAGACGCAUGCUAUUAUUGGGCCUUGUACGGCGUAG